AUGCUCGCGGUGGCCGGGUCCGCGGACAUCGCGUAUGCGCGCCAUCACGUCGCGCCCUGUCGCGUCGUCUCGCGGCGCGUACGCGUGACAACGGCGCGGCGGGCGGUGAUUCAGCCGAGCGCCAAGUUAAACGAGACGGCGCCAACCGUCGACGGGUCGGGCGGGGUUGAGCGCGCGGGAUGGACGGAGUCCGGGUGGUGCGACCCGCGCGAGGCGGCGGGUCAUACCCCAGCAUGGAGGCUGACCCUCGGCACGGCGCUCGGAGUCGCCGCCAUGGUCAACAUCGGCCGGGCGCAGCCCGCAUUCGCGGGCACCCCGUCGACGUCGACGAUUAGUCAACAACAACCGCGUUCGACCGAUCGCUGGGUCGGGGCGUCCAGAUCCGGCGCUUCUAACCGCGCGAUCGCCGAACUCUCGGCCAAGCCUCAGCCCGCGAAGGCCUCGGGGAAGAAGGGCAAGGGCAAGGCGGACCCCGCACCCGUUCAGCAGUCUUGGGUCCAGCUCAAGACGGCCGAGGCUGCGGUGAAGUUCCAGGCGCAGUGGGCGCUCUACUGCGCCAUCCCGGUGGUCGCCGGCGUCGUCAACUGGAUCACCAACGCGCUCGCGGUCAAGAUGAUCUUCUCACCCGAGGAGUACAUUGGACUCAACAUCAAGCGGUGGCCGGACACCCCCGCGGGCCUCAUCGGAUGGCAGGGCAUCGUCCCGUGCAAAGUUGAGAAGAUGAGCACCACGAUGGUGGACCUCAUGACCAAGAGGCUGCUCGACGUGAGGGAGGUGUUCGGGCGGCUGGACAAGGCCAAGUGCGGCGAUUUACUUACCCCGGGUAUUGACUCCAUCGCGGGCGCGGUGGUCAACGACGUGGCGAAGACCAAGGGCGGCGCCCUGGCGUGGGUGGGCGAUAGCGGCGUCCUCGGCGCCGUGCCCGACCCGGUUGUUAACUGGGGCCGGAACCUGGCAAGGGAGCAGGGCAAGGAGCUCGUGGCGGAGGUGCUCGGGGAGAUGCAGGCACGGGUACCGGAGGUAUGGGACGUCAAGACCCAGGUCGUGGGUGCCAUGUGCAGGGACAAGAAGAUCAUCAUCGAACUGUUCCAACGUUGCGGGAAGGAGGAGUUUGUGUUCAUCCGUCGGAGCGGGCUCUACUUUGGCUUCCUCUUUGGCAUCAUUCAGAUGGCGCAGUGGCUCGUGUGGGACCCGUGGUGGAGCCUCGCGGUGGGAGGCGCGCUCGUGGGGUACGCCACCGAUUGGCUCGCGCUCAAGCUCAUGUUCGAGCCCGUCGAGCCGGUCAAGCUCCCCUUCGGGUUUGUCCUCCACGGUGCAUUCAUCCGCCGGCAGCAGGAAGUGAGCGGCGAGUUUGCGGCGCUGCUUCGCAAGCGAAUCCUCACCGCCGAGCUCAUCUGGCGCGAGAUUCUCACCGCGGAGAAUACAAAGAAGGUGUUCAAGGAGAUAUUGGAGCGUAAGACCCGGGAGCAGGUGGCCAAGGCUAGGAAAACCAACAAGUUGAUUUGCGCGGCGGCGCUCGCGAUGGGUCCAAAGGCGUGGGCUAGAUGCGAGGACGCGGUCGUCGCUAGGGUCGCCGCGGACCUCCCCUCGCACUUACCGUCCGUGUACGGGUACAGCGACGAGGCGCUGGACCUGGAGGAGACCCUCAAGCAGAAGAUGCAGCAGCUGAGCGGGCAGGAGUUUGAGGGGGUGCUGCAUCCGGUGUUUCAGGAGGACGAGCUGACGCUGAUUCUCGUCGGCGCAUUCCUCGGGAUGGUUGCGGGCUUUGCGCAGGCGGCCUUCUUCUAA